AUGGAGGCGCGUCAGAAACAUAGGCAUUUGGACCUGAAGGAGAAUGACGAGGACUUCUCGCAGCACGGGUGCUACGGGACGUACCUGUACAACCUGGGGGAGUGCUGCGGAUGCUUGCGGACGUGGCUGCCGUGCGUGUGCUGCUGUUGCAUGGAGUACCCGUACCAGAAGGUGCACCAGUCGCACGAGGGGCUGUUCGAGCGGUUCGGCAGGUACUGCAAGACGGUGGCGCCGGGGCUGCACUACAUAAACCCGUGCACGGACACGCUGGUGUCGAUCAACAUGAAGAUCGACGUGAUGGACCUGGCGCGGCAGUCGGUCAUAACGAAGGACAACGUGAUGAUCUCGAUCGACGCGUCGGUCUACUACCGGAUAAUGAACUCGCGGUUCGCGUACUACCGGGUGCAGAACUACCGGUCGGCCGUGGCGGAGGUGACCUACGCCGUGCUCAAGAACAUCUGCGGCCAGUUCAAGCUGCAGGAGCUGCUCGAAAAGCGCAAGGAAAUCGCUGACGAAAUCGAGAAGGAGGUCGACGAGUUCACUGACGAGUGGGGGGUCAAGAUCGAGAACAUCUACAUCAAGGACAUCCAGCUCAGCAAGGAGCUGCAGGACAGCCUCUCCUCCGCCGCCAAGGAGCGCAGGGUCGCAGAGAGCAAGCUCAUCUCCGCCCGCGCUGACGUCGAGUCCGCCAAGCUCAUGCGCAACGCCGCCGACAUCCUCAACUCCAAGAGCGCCAUGCAGAUCCGCUACCUGGAGACCAUGAAGCAGCUGGGCCAGAGCCCCAGCACGCGGGUCAUCUUCAUGCCGGAGAUGCGGGCCAAGGAGAAGAUCCAGCACCUCAUCACCCAGGGCAUGAUCUGCUGA